AGUCAUACCCAAGUAGGCCUGUGACAUACAUUAUGAGUAAUGAGUCAUGAUUUGUAAAUAAGCCAACAUACGUAUUCUACUGAGAAUGCAACACAUGUCAUUUACUCAUCAUAGAUGGACUCGGUGUGUUAUGUUAAAAUUUUGACCUUGACUUUAAAAGCAAACACCAGUAUAAGAAUUUCAGAUGGACCAUAUGUCAGGCUGGAAAAUACGGUGACAAAGCCACAAAAUGUACAUGUAUGCCCCAGUAUAUGUGUUAUUGAAUACCGGCGGGUUACACAGUUCACUUCCAGAUUAAGCAGCAAUCCUGAGGAAUUUUCUGGCUAUAUCCCAGUCGAUAAAAUUGCAAUCAGUUAUACAAAGUCAAGUGGACCUGGAGGGCAGAAUGUAAAUAAAGUGAAUUCAAAGGUUGAAGUGCGCUUCCAUGUCGACAGUGCUGACUGGAUCCCUGCAUGGAUUCGAGAACGACUUUUACAUGAACAGCGCAGCCGCAUCAACAAAGAUGGUGUGUUGAUUGUGACCUCGGAAAAGACACGCAAACAGAUGCUAAACCAGGCAGACUGCAUGGAUAAAAUCCGGACAAUGAUCUUCAACUGUAGCCGACUGCCUCCGGAGCCCACAGAGGAAGAAGUCAAGCUGAAGGAAGACAGAAUCAACAAGGCAAAGAAGAGGGUUUUACUGGAGAAAAGGCAGAAUUCCUUGAAAAAGCAGAGUAGACAGCCCCCUACAAUAGGAAGUGUGUGACAUAUGCUUUUUUAACUGAACAUAUAAUUCAGUCUGGGUAUAUCUCUAUGCGUGUGUGUAUGAAAUGAGAUCAGGGUGAAGCCAGCUCAGAACUCAUUAUUAAAACCUGUCAGAGCAUUGGUUAGCAGUGCUAUUAACAGCAGACAAAAUCUUUCACAGAAACCCUCAGUAGAAUGUUCCCAUGGAUGUUUGCGAGCCACUGGCCCAAUUUGUCAGUGACCGACAGUCUGUCAGAUGUAUGCUGUGAAGAAGACAUGUAAUCUAUGGAUACAAGAAAACUGGUGUCAAAGUGUGGUCACAAUGGAUAGUUCAUGAAGUGAAAUACAGGCAACAUGAAUGUUGUGUUACUUUGAUUCUGUAACACCAAUUGCUCGCUGUUGGAAACGCUUUAACGCAGUUCAGAACAGCUGACAUUUUAACACAUCAGCUUCCCUAUCAUCACAGGAUGUUUAUUGCUAUGGUGUAAACAUGGGAGUUCAUAACUUCAGCUGUACAGUGUGUUAUAGUGUUGUUUACAAGCAAAUUAAGUAUUGGAUUGUUAAUUUGUAUGCAAAGUCUCUGUUGAUACAGCAUACUUGUUUGAUACAGCAUACUUGUUUGCAGACUUAAGAUAAUGAUGUACACACUUUAAAACGUUAUUUAGCAGCGAGAAUUUCUGUUCCAAUAAAUUUAUUUAUUCGAGUUUCUCAGUGUACUUAAGAAUAUUUCACUUAUAUAACGGCAGCCAGCAUUAUGGCAGGAGGACACUGGGUCCUAAACCCACAUUCAUCCGCAGGUUACUGGCAGACCAUCCCACGUAUAUGCACAACCGGAGAGGAAGUCAACAUAAGCUGGAUUCACAAUAAGAGGCUUCAGGGUAACAACCAGGCCAUGGCUGAACCCAGUUUCAUUAAAUGUUGAUGACUCAAUAUUAGCUCCAUCAAAACAGCAUUGCUUAACAUUACCAUUGAAGGUGUUAAGCGAUAUAUCAUAACCAGCUCAUUUUGACAUCCUACAUCCUACCAAAAAGACAAAUACAGCCUGUGUUGUGUCAGCGGUUUAUUAAGCACUAGCAUUGUUCAGAUAGCUGGUAAUAUUUAUUGUAUUUGUUUCAAUGAAUUUAUUUUAUUUCCUCCAUUCAAUUUAAGACUGCAGGUUGGCUACUCUAACACAUUGCGCUCAGUCUCAAUGUGACAGGUGGGCCUCCUUGGCUCAGUUUGUUAGCGUGCUUGCGCAGCAGCAUGACCCACGAGUCUCUCACCAAUGCAAUUGCUGAGAGUUCAAGUCCAGCUCAUGCUGGCUUCCUAUCAGGACGUCCCUGGGAAGGUCUUACAGCA